CUGCUUUUGUGCUUCUGUGGUUUCUGACUUAGCUACAGAGUGUAUCACACUCCCUCUCCUUCCUCUCACACACAGGCCUCUGAGUUUUACUUUGCAGAGACGUUUUCAACCAGUGCAGAUAGUUGGUGAGACACAAUCCAGGUUUUAUUUCUCAGUUCUGUCAGGACCUGACUGGGUUUUUUUUAUCUUGUAUCUAGAGAUGUUAAUCAGAGAGCAAACAUGAGGACAACCCAACUUUUUUCUUCACUUCUUGUGUCAUCUGGACAAGCAAGAUUUUAGUGAGCCAGAAACUUCAUGUUGAUCACCUUGAAGGCCCAGGACUCUCUUUCUUGUCAUUUGGAGUGAUCACCUUUCGCUACUCUGCUGUGGAACAGUCUGGUUUUUCAGGUGAAUUGGCUUGUGUACAGCUUUCCUCCUGGAUUACUUGUGGAGAUUAGUGAUGGGGAAUGCGGCCGCAGGGGGCUUGGAGCUAGAGGCGGCCGAGGGCAGAGAGGCCAGGAACUCAGUUUCGGCGAUGAGCGACCCCACACUGCCUUUACAGAAGAAGCAAUCUUCUUCACCAAAACUUCCAAUGCCCCCAGAAGAGGAGCUGGAGGAGCGCUUCAAUGUGGUGCUGAGCUACAUGAAUUUGCCUCCCGACAAACUUAAGCUGUUGAGUCAAUACGACAACGACAAGAAAUGGGAAUUAGUCUGCGAUCAGGUGAGCGUUUUUGCUGGUGUUUCAUCACUUCAAACCACAAAAGACGUCAUGACUCUGAACGGGAUUGUUGCACCAGUGCCUUCACCAGGACAGAGUUGACUGAAAGUACAUAAACAUUUAGUGAAAAAAAAAAAAAAAAAAAA